AUGAGCUCAAGACUGUCCGUUAGCCUUCGAAUAGCCAUCGUUCAACUCAAUCCCCAAAUAGGACAAGUAUCAUCGAACAUCAGUCGAGCUUGGAGCCUGAUCAAUCGAAUCAAAGAGAGUUCUAAUGGAAAGUCCCCCGAUUUAGUCGUGUUUCCCGAGUUUGCCCUCACCGGUUACAAUUUCCACUCCAGAGACCACAUCCUACCCUAUGCUACUGCUCCUGACGUUGGUCAGUCCUUCAAGAUGGCUCAAGAAGUGUCGAGAUUGUUUAAUUGUUACACAGUGAUCGGAUAUCCAGAGCGAUUCGAGAAUGGUACCAAGCCACUGCUGUACAACUCGGCCGCUGUGACCAGUCCAACUGGAGAGCUGGUUUUUAACUACAGGAAGUCAUUUUUGUACUACACAGACGACGAUUGGGGCUGCAAGGAGAAUCCUAAAGGUUUCCAGACUUUCCCACUUCAUUUGAAGCAAAGGGCCACUGACAAAAAUGGGAAUCUCCAGGAUAUUACUUUGAAGACCUCGAUUGGUAUUUGUAUGGAUUUGAGCCCGUAUAAAUUCACAGCACCAUUCCACGACUACGAGUUCGCUACGUACAACGUCGACCAAGGCACAGAGCUGAUCAUCUGCCCCAUGGCAUGGCUACACUCGUCUUCGGUCACCAAAGAUGAGGGAAAGCUAAGUCAAAAGAAAUUACAGGCGAUACGAGAUGCCACAGAGGCCCAGGGACUUCCGAUCCAAGGCUCCCAAGGACAAUACCAAUUUGAUUUCGAUAACUCAAAAAAGACAGUGCGUACCUCUCGAGACGUCUCAAGCUCCUAUUGCGAUUUGGAACAGCCCGAUAUGUCAAACGUCAAUUACUGGAUUUUAAGAUUCUUGCCAUUCUUGGCACUACGACAGAGGGAAAGCUGGCUCUGGAGACUUGAACAAACACGAAGAUCGUACAUGGGGGCAACAUCGACCAAGCCAUGGAAAUUUGAAGGCCAAAACGCCAUCGUCGUCUUUGCCAACAGAUGCGGUAUUGAAGAUGCCAGCACCGUAUUCGCCGGUAGCUCUGGUGUAAUAAAAUUCAACGGUAGCAGGUCCGAUCGAGAAUGCGAAAUUGACUCGACGAACAAGAGCGUGGAGCUUCUGGGAAAUCUAGGCAAAGGUUUAGAAGGAGUUCUGAUGCGGGAUGUCGAAUUCAAAGUGGCCAGGUAA